AUGCAGGUCGUCUAUGCGGUGGUUAUAUCAGUCUGCGAAUGUCUGGUCGAAUCAGACAGCCUGCGACUGGUGUGGCUCAGAAACACUUCAUUGACCUGUAACGAUGGAUCACCCGCAGGAUAUUACAUCCGUCGGGGCAGCAACAGUCGUCACUGGGUGUUGUAUUUGGAAGGUGGUGGCUAUUGUUGGGACACGGCCUCAUGUGGCGCGCGGUGGAGGAGACGCCCUGGUCUCAUGUCUUCCACACGUUGGCCUCGAGUGCGAAGAGCUCCAGCCUUGCUGUCUUCCGACCCUCAAGCUAAUCCUCUCUGGCAUUCCUCCAAUCAUGUAUUAUUACCGUAUUGCUCAAGCGAUAUGUGGGCAGGAACUCGUCUCCAUACAAGAACUAACGGCAGUUUCGCGUUUGUUGGACACCUUAUAGUCCGAUCGGUCCUCAAUGAACUAUUGCACCUCGGACUCGCGGGCCGUUUGCUGCUUGUAGGAUCUAGUGCUGGAGGUACAGGUGUCAUGCUUCACGCUGACUCAACAAGAAGAACUCUCAGAGCUCAUAGUGUGCGGGUUGCGGCUAUUGCAGAUUCCGGAUGGUUCUUAGAUCGUCCACCAAGAGCGAGACGUGCAUCAUCAGCUAAUGCUGUAGCUCGUUUAGGCCAUUCAUUAUGGUUAGGGGCACCACCCAAUUCCUGUGUUAGAGAUUUCCACGACAAGCCCUGGUUAUGCUAUUUUGGGUAUCGGCUUUACCCUCACAUACGCACGCCCCUAUUUGUUUUCCAAUAUCUCUUUGACUCUGCGCAGCUCACAGCAGAAGGAGUACGUGCGCCACGGACGAGGGCGCAAUGGGACGCUGUUCAUGAGACGGGCGCGGCUAUUCGUGCUAGCUUGAAGACCGUACGCGCUACCUUCGCACCUGCAUGUAUAGCCCACGGGGCCCUCGCACGGCCGGAGUGGCUGGCAAUAAACGUGUCGGGCAUAUCAUUGCCAAACGCGAUUGCCUGUUGGGAACGCCGGUUCAGAGAUGGCAAUAGGAAGGAACGCCCUAGAUGUGCACCUAGGAGAUUGAUUGAGCGUUGUUCUUGGCCACAGUGUAACAGUUCGUGUCCUAGACUGCGAGAUCCUCGAACUGGUGAGGAAGUCGCUCUAGCAGCUUUACUUCAAAGUUUCGGUCUAGACGUCCGUGGAGCCGCAGCCGCAAUGGGUCUCGAUGCUCGAGCCUUGUCUCGUAUGAGUCGAGCCGAGCUACUGCCACUCUUGGCGCCCCACACGUGA